AUGGGUCUCCUGUUAAUAUUUGUAAUCCUGCUUCAUCUCAUCACACUGGCAGUUCUUUUCAUUGCCACCCUUGAAAAGUCUUGGUGGGUGUGGAGCAGCACUGAGAGCUCUGACUUAUGGCACAACUGCAGAUUUGAUAAUGAAACUGACAUGUGGUUUUGCACAUCAUCUAGAGAAACAGAGUGGCUGCAUGCUGUCCAAGUCCUGAUGGUCCUAUCUUUAGUCUUCUCCUCGAUUUCGUUCCUCGUAUUCAUCGGUCAGCUCUUUAUUAUGUCAAAAGGAGGACUCUUCUACCUUACUGGUGUCUGCCAAGCAUUUGCAGGUCUCAUAACCUUUACAGCUUCACUCAUCUUCACUCUCCACAACAAAGAAAUCCUUCAGGACUCUAGAGAACUGAGUUCAGGACACUUCGGUUACUGCUUUAUUUUGGCAUGGGUGUGCGUGCCUUUGCUCAUCUGGAGUGGCAUUAUGUACAUCCAUUUACGCAAAAGGAAGUAGUUUUACAGUUUGAUCUUCA